AUGCGGGCGGAGGAGCCGCUGGCGCUGGCGGCGUCCCGGGCGGCGGCGGCGGCGGGUGGCGAGGAGCGGGGCGACGGCGGGUGCUGCAGCAGCGAGCGGGUGCUGAUCAAUAUCUCGGGGCUGCGCUUCGAGACGCAGCUGGGCACCCUGAGCCAGUUCCCGGACACGCUGCUGGGCGACCCCCGGCGCCGCGUGCGCUACUUCGACCCUCUGCGCAACGAGUACUUCUUCGACCGCAACCGGCCCAGCUUCGACGCCAUCCUCUACUACUACCAGUCGGGCGGGCGGCUGCGCCGGCCCGUGCAGGUGCCCCUCGACGUCUUCCUGGAGGAGAUCCGCUUCUACCAGCUGGGCCAGGAGGCCAUCGAGAGCUUCCGCCAGGACGAGGGCUUCAUCCAGGAGGAGGAGAAGCCCCUGCCACGCCACCACUUCCAGCGCCAGGUCUGGCUCCUCUUUGAGUACCCUGAGAGCUCGGGGCCAGCCCGCGCUAUCGCCAUCGUCUCCGUGCUGGUCAUCCUCAUUUCCAUCGUCAUCUUCUGCCUGGAGACCCUGCCCGAGUUCCGCCAGGACAGCAAGGCCUCCCCCCCGACUGGUUUUGGGGAGGCUACACUGGCCGAGGACCCCCUGCUCCUCUUGCCGCUGGCACCCGAUGGCACCCCGGGGCCGCCGCUGCACCCAGGGGCCACCACCGGGCCCUUCUUCACCGACCCCUUCUUCCUCAUUGAGACACUGUGCAUCAUCUGGUUCUCCUUUGAGCUGUUGGUGCGCUUCUUUGCCUGCCCCAGCAAGCCUGAGUUCUCCAGGAACAUCAUGAACAUCAUCGACAUCGUGGCCAUUAUCCCCUACUUCAUCACGCUGGGCACCGAGCUGGCGCAGCAGCAGCAGAAGCAGAGGCAGCAGCAGCAGCAGCCUGGGGCUGGCGGCAGUGGGAAUAACGGGGGCCAGCAGCAAGCAAUGUCACUGGCCAUCCUCCGUGUCAUCCGCCUGGUUCGGGUCUUCCGGAUCUUCAAGCUCUCCCGGCACUCCAAGGGGCUGCAGAUCUUGGGGAAGACCCUCCAGGCCAGCAUGAGGGAGCUGGGGCUCCUCAUCUUCUUCCUCUUCAUCGGAGUCAUCCUCUUCUCCAGCGCUGUGUACUUUGCAGAGACCGACGAUCCCGACUCCUUGUUUACCAGCAUCCCGGAUGCGUUCUGGUGGGCGGUGGUGUCCAUGACCACCGUGGGCUACGGGGACAUGUACCCUCUGACGAUUGGGGGCAAGAUCGUGGGCUCUUUGUGUGCCAUUGCUGGCGUGCUGACCAUAGCCCUGCCUGUGCCCGUCAUCGUGUCCAACUUCAAUUACUUCUACCACCGAGAAACUGACCAGGAGGAGCAGAGCCAGUAUACCCAUGUCACCUGUGGCCAGCAGCAAUCUCCCUUCUCUGAGCCCAAGAAGGGAGAUAGUACUUCGUCCCUCAGCAAAUCAGAAUUUCUGGAGGCAGAAGAUUUGGAGUCUGUGAAAUAUCCCAACUUCAUUGCAACCAACAGCCAGGGCUACAAAGAGAAGAAAAUGCUGACAGAAGUGUGACAAUCUUCUCUUUUGGGGUGUGGAUUAAGACUCUUCCUUUUCACAGCCCUUAUCCCUAUAUCCAGGAUCCUGUUGUGCUACCUGUUCUGCACUUGCAGCUGAAUAUGGUCAGGACAGCACAUCAGAUUGUGAACUGUGAUCUUGAAAGCACAGUGAUUGUAAUUGGGGCACUCUUGUCCUGACUUGCCAUGACUCGUUAGCUUGUGCAGUCAGAUGUCCUUGCUUUACUCUGUGGGGUGCCCUUUCUUGUCCCCUUACCCUUCCAUUUUAUGGCAGGAGAGCGUGCUUUUGGCCAGUAAUAGCACUGAAGACUAAUAUUUCUCCCUUGCACAAGAGAAGCCCCAGCUAUGUUUGCAGCUAGAAGGCCAGGCAGGGAAUAGUUAAGAGGGCUGCAAACAUCUGGCUCAAGCUGUGUCCGGAGCUCCUGUUCCAGCACUGUGCCCUUGGCGCUGGGAUCGGUCAUGCCUGCCAUACCAUAGCCUCUGCAUAAUGGACAGGCUGUAUCCACGCAUCACAGUGUGUUCUGCAGCUUAUAGGGAAAUUAAGCAAACAGAUAUCUUCCCCUGACACCUUUUGCUCUGUUUGCUUAUAGAUGCACAGAUCCAGGAGCACUUUAGUUUCUUAACUGGUUGUGAGGAUUAUUGUCCCAAAUUUGCCACAGUUGAUGUGUUCAAAAACAGGCCUUUUGUGUUUUAAGUCAAUGGGUUUGGUAGAGACUGUCUUAAUUUUUUGUUUUAGUUUGUUUGAACAUAUCUUUGUUUACAUUGGGUGUUACUUAGUAUUUAUUAUAGCAAUUAAAUCUUCACAGUAAGUGCCUUCCUAUGCAAGGCAUGUUUGAAAUGAUUCAUUUUUACCAUGAAUGUAUUAAAUAACAAUGUUUAAAUGUAACAUGCUUUAUGCGGCAAGUGCCCAGGUCUGUACUCAGACACACUGGGAACAAUUGACUUCAGUGGGGUUUGCCAGGACUUGUAUAAAGUAGGGAACUGCACAGUGAUUUAGUUAUACUGCUGAAAAUCCCUAUUGUAAAUACACUGCCCUGGUGCAAAUCAGGAGUUGUACUAGUGAUUUGUAUUAGUGUACUAUUAAUUGGGGACAUAGGUGUUAGGGAUUUGCAUUGGCACCAGUUCGGAUUUUCCCUAUUUCAUCUGACUAAAUCCUAAAAGCAGAAUAGUGAUCUCUCAAAUGAGGAAGAAGCUUCAUGUUGAGAGGAAACUCUUGUUUUCCAAUAAAUGCUCAAAACAAUUAGUUUAGCUGGAAAGUGAAGUCACACCUAUUCACAUGCUCCAUGUUUUUGUGAGAACAACUUUAGUCAGUGAUGCCAAAGGCACAUCCUGGUCUGAUGUAUUGCUUUGUCAAUACACAAGGGAUUUGCAUUUCCAGAUGAAUCCUAGGUGCCCCAGAUCAUUUUGUUAUUUAAAUUAACACUGACUUCUGUCUGAUUUAAGAAUUGCUGGAGCAUUGGAAGUGGAAACAGAGGGGAAAUGAACAGUACGCUUACAGAAUUUGUUGGUAAAUUCUUCAGGAAGGAAAUGUCUUCUAAACUGAAUAUAUGUUUCGCAUUCAUGGAUGGGCACUGGAGAGAGAGAAAUACUGCCAUCAAUGCCUUGUGUUGUGCUACACAUGUAUAGAAUGUAUUAUAUAUUGCAUGUAACACAUGUAAUACAUAAAACAACAUGCAUAAUGGAAUAUAGUGAUGCAAUUAUACAUUUUCUGCAUAUUCUAUGUAGUGUGUGUGCCAACCAUAAAGCAGGGCUAAAGAGCAUCUAUUUCAUGCCUUAAGUUAGUUAGAACCACGUGGGUUGUCAGGCAGGAUCCAUGUGCACCUUUGGGUCCCUACUGAUUUCUUGUUGCUUUGAGAUCUCACUCCAUACCUUGGAUGAAUUCUUUAUUGAGACUUUUCCUCACAUAGACCCUUGUCCCCCACCAAGAACCUACCCCUGUGCAGACUCCACCUGGCUCUCUCCCAGAGCUCCCCAGGGACUUCAUAGGGGUUCUGGGAAGGUGCAAAUGAAGGACCAAGGCAUUAGACAUAAAACCUUCCCCCACUGAAGUCAGUAGCAAAAGUCCCAUUGUCUUUUUUGGUGCAGAAACAAACCCUUAAACCUGACCCUAAAUGUUGCCAUUCUCAUCUCCCACUCAAAUGGUGAUAGUUUUCCUGAACAAGGAGUGAAGGAUGGGGCUCUACUGAUACUUAGGGUCACUCCAGAGGCUGCCCUUAGCUGGCCUCGCCCUAUCUGUAUUUUAUCAUGCUGUCCACAUUUUGUUUUUUGUCCCUUGAGUGGAGCCCUUCUACGAGUCAGUCCUCAAGCUGUUUGCAUCUGUUCCUCUGUAUUUGAUUUUAAUUGGGGGUCAUAGAGGAAAUUGGGUACAUAAGGGCCAGAAGUCAUGAAGAGGAAAUUGUGGGAUUGCUGCUGGUAGAUUUCUUGUGCUUGUGGCCUUGUUUUCUCUCCCCUUUCCCUGUGGAAUUCCAGACACUAAAGGGAAAUGUGGAUGAGGCGGCAACCAGGAGUUCAGCAUUGCUUCUAGAGUUGGGCUGGACAGCCAUUGGGGGUUGAGCAUAGGGGUUCAUGGUGCUUUGAGAGUCUUUCAAGGGUGUGCAGGGUGCCACAGCCAUAUUCACAAGAUAAACCCAGAGAUUCCAAACAGAAAUCCAUAGUGUCAAAAACAUUCAGACUUGUUGUAUUGUUUUUGAGUUCUUUGCAACAAAAGAAUUGCUCUGUUAUGUUUCUAUAGUAAAAAAAAUAAGGGAAAGCUAAGAGCUGGCAUUUUCCAAGGGGUGCCUUGAAUCUAAUGAGGGGUGCCUUAGUCUGAAAAAGUUGAGAGCCACUGGUAGAUUAUCAAUGAAAACAACUAAUAGUGUAGUCAAAGACUUAAGGCCUCUUUUUAUCAACCAUUAAAGCAAGCAGCAUCAGGCAUGUCAUCCCAAUGAAAAUUAAUAGGACUUAAAAAUGAUUUGUAAGGUGGGACUUUCAAGUGACUAAAUACAAGCUGUUACUCUGAUCUGUCAAGAGAGUCUAGUAAAUAGCUAUUACAUUAUGAGAUUGUAUUUCAGAAGGACUUUAAUAGGAUUAAUUCAUUUUUUUUUAUAUGGAAGAGAGUAUUUUUGCUUGAACCUCUGUAGUUCUAGCAGGUGCACAGUAUAUUGGUGGACAAGCUGGCUAUUUUGGUGAAGCAGUGAAAGAUAUCAGAGGUGUUCAUUCUCUCUUUCUCUCUCUCUCAGUAGAAUGCCCAUGUUUGGGGUAGCAAUUAAAAGUUUCCUGAAACUGAGAUAUAAAAAACUCAGGCUAAACCAGAGCUGAGGAGAAGGGGCACAACACGCUGACUCAAAGACAGAAGCAAAACUCUUCAGUCUGUUUCUUCCUUGGUCUGGACUUCCUGAUCACUGCCUGACAGAAAACUUAGUUUUUAAGGGUGGAUUGUUCUGCAAACCUGCAUGGUCAUGUGACUGGGCAUUUAGAUGAAAAAGGAUAAGAGAUGAAACAGCUGAUAACCAAUAACUGAACUCCAGUAUCUCCUACAAAGUUUUCUCUAGUUUUCUGGAAAUUGCUUUUAUUUAGAGGAAUGCUUCUAAUUGGUUGUAAAUUGGUAUGCUUGGUGUUUGUGACAUGAGUAGCUUUUAUAGCUAAUAGAAAUGUCUUUACACGUUUAAAAAACCACCACACAGAUUAAGAAAAGCAAGCAUUGCAAAAAAUCUGAAGUUUCUGCAGACACAACCCAGUCUUUUCAGAACUUAAUAGUGAAGUGGACUUUGUGGAUUUUCCUUGUCAUAGUAGAGACAUGCAAACGGGGAAGAGAGAACUAAAUAUUCUAUAGGAAUGCCUAAAUUCAGACACUUAAAUAAAGGCAGUCUGAUAUACAGGUGGGACAAACACCUGUCAUUCCCAUUGACUUUAGUGAUGUUUUCAUAUGGAGCAUCUUUGGAUUAUUAAGCCAUUUAGGUGUCUAGGGGAUUUAGGAGCAGGAUUUUAAAAGCAUCUAAGUAGUUUAGAAGCAUAAAGUCCCGUUGACUUUUGCCAAGACUUAGGCUUCCAGUCACGUAGGUGUUUUGGAAAGUUCCAUUGUAAGGUCCUAACUUCAAGCACACCAAUUCAAAUAUCUGAGGUAGAAAAAGCUGCCGAUUUGUCUUGCUGUUUUCCCUUCUUAAGUCAGAGCACAUCUUUGUGAAGCAUUUGUGGAAAGUCGGCAUCUCCAGGGAUUUGUUUCCAUAACAACCUCCCAGACUAUUUCUCUGUACCUUGUGACUUUGGCUACAAGCAAAACACUGGCUAAAUAUUCCAGCUUCCCAGACACAAAUGCCUGGUUAUUACAACUGUUUGGAGAAGUGGUUUCUUUUGCUUGCCCAAGAAGGUGUGCUCCCAUCCCCAAACACCUCCUGCUUCUGCUCUGUAUGAAAUCAAGACUGACAGACGUUACAGAUGUUUGAUGGCAACAGACAAUGUAUACAGGAAAAGGGGAGGCACUUGCAUAUGCUACUGCAAAUGGUUACAAUUUCUGCUGGUAGGAUUGGCGUCUGUUGCAGGCUGUGUGGGGCUGAAAAUAGACUGACUGGUAUUCCCUGCCAGGCCCUUCCACUUAAUGUAAAAAGAUUCCCAUGGAGACAAAGCAGCAUGAGUGCAAAGGGAAUUCAGCCCAGCAAGAUGCAGGGUCAAGAAAGAACCAUCUUCCCCACUGUGCUGGAGUGAACACAGUAAUUCCCAGAGCAGAAGAGCUACAGCAUCUGCUAGGGUAGCAAAAAUAGGUCCCCCACAAGAUCAUCCCGUUGCUAAGACCAGAUCUAGCAAGGUGCUACCCCUGGUGGGACUGGACACCAUCUGGGUUAGGCAACAGAAACAGAAAAGUCCUUUACAAAUGGGUAAGAUAUACGGACAAACCAUGUUUGACGCCCCAAGAAAAGUAACCAGAACACCACUCCAAUUCCAGUGAUGGUAACAUGGAAACUGAGGCCUGUUGACGAUCGUAAAGGCUGUUCAUUCAAAAGGCCCUGGAAUUCCCUAGGAACAUUGAAACAGACACCCAUGCACCUCCACUAGACUGGGAUAAGGAUGCCUAUUUUAAGUCCUCCUCCAGCUGAAGGACCUAGGGCUGGCAAAUGCUUAAGGUCAGCUCUGAGGAGGGCAACAUGACAGUUACUCUCUAGAAAAUUACAUGGUCAGCCUGUCUGUCUGUCUGUCUAUCCCUCCAUGCCCUGGAUCACUGUGCAUUUAUAAACUACAUUUUCAUAACUCAGAUAAACGGUAGGUGUUUAACCAAACCCAGUGAAUUAUAACUGUCCUAUUAAUGUUUUACAACUGUGAUGAUUAGCUGUGAUAUCAAAGGGGUAUGUGCAAUAUAGAGGCAUUUCACAUCCCCCCUGUAAGGUAUCUUGCUUAUUUUGUGUGCAGUAAUUGUUUGUCACAUACAUGUUGCUGAUGCUUCUCUCAAAGGAGGCAGAUUAUAGUGCUUUUCAUUGACCAUGGAGAGCCUAAGAAAUAGCACUGUUCAGUUCUCAUCUUCUAAUUCAGAAACUAUAGUGUCCAAGUACUCCUAAAAUGCAGUCUGAUCAUAUGUGUUGUCUCGAAAUGCUAGGAGUCCCUUUUCACUGAUCAGUUGUGUAAAAACCUUUUCAAGCCCCAAGAGUCACGAAAGGCCUCUUAAUCCCGAGCAAACAAUGGGGUAAAACCUGAAGGAAGAUUGAAAUAGAAGGGAACAGAGGAGGGAUGGGAAAUGAUCCUCUGGCCCAUAAUGCAUGGUGCUUGACAAUAGCAAGCACCAAUAUGUAGCCAUGCAGCCAAAGGUGAAUGGCCAAGGCUGGAAUAAAUGUUUCAUGCCCUUGGAGAUGGGUAGAGGUGGGUGAGAGAAGCCUAAAGGAGUUAGGUGUUAAACUCCUACUGAACCUGAAUGGGUGUUGAAUACUUAACUCACAUUGCCUCCCUUUAUAAAUCCUACCCCAUAAGUUUACAUGUGGGACUUUUAAACUGAUUGGCAGUCAUUUGUUGCUGGCAGCUUGUGAACAGUGAUGGAGGAGAGAUCCCCUAUAAGAUGCACCUCCCUGUCCUUGGUAGCCUGGAUGCUACCUCCUAGAGGCUGCUGAUUUACAGGUGAAAUCCUUUGAACUGCCUAGUACUCCCUGAUCCCCCUGCCUUCAAUAGAAUCUGCUGGUGCUCAGCAUCUCAUAGGAUUAAGCCCAGAGAGAUUUGGGACAGUGGAGACAAAAAUACCCAGGAAGCCCCUCUUGCUUUAGGUCCUCAGAGCUGAUGUCUUGCUCUUAGAUGGGCUUGCAAGGAAAUUGGGGUGUUAAAGGAUUGUGGAGGCCCACAUCCUCUUGCUAGUAUUUCAGGCCUUUGAAACUACACCAGUUUACACCAGCUGAGUCCCAGUAUUUCUGACAAGAGCCCAGCUGUUUUUUCUCUUUUCCUUUAAAAUCCAGUAUUUUCAAAUGAAGUGAUUUGGGGAAAGGGAGGCAUUUAACUAGCUUCUCAGAUCUUAAUUCUGAAAUUCAGUAAUUACACUGUGCAGGAUGCUUGCUGGGUGUCCUUGCAUCAAGGGUGGAAGGCCACACUGAGGAGGAGGAAGUUGUCCAAGCUUGUUCAGUAACAUGCUACAUCCUUCUGCAUAUGGUUCCAUGCUGAUCAAAUCCAGCUUCACAUAAGUGAGAAGCUGAUUAACCCAGUUGCUAGAUAUCUGUGAUUACUCUUGCCAGUUAAUCCACUGUUAAUGGGCUGGCCAUAUGAAUAAAACCAUAUUUUUAAAACAUUA